AUGGAGGAUCGGCGCGGCGGAGGCGGCAGUGGCCUUGGCCGGAUUCUGGUGUUGGCGUUCUGUGUUGCUGGGAUAUGGUUCGCCUACAUCACCCAGGGCGUCCUUCAGGAGACUGUGUGAGUAUUUAGAAAUCUUUGAUUUUCAGGCCGCUGGUUGUUCUUAUUUUUUUCAUUAUGUUGUUCAUUUUACUGUUUGAUAUUGGCCCGGAUCUUGGGCUUGCCUGGGAGAACUUACAGAUUGCAGAGUUGCUGAUGCCAACACUCAGAAGGACAUGUGGGAAAAAAAAUAUUGAAUUUAUUAUUCACUAAAUCGUAUAAUUUUUUUGAAAUCUUCGAAUAACACCAAUCCUUUCUCUCUUCGAAUUGAAACAUGUUAAUGUGCGAAUGAAGUAGCUAAGCCUCUUACGUGCGUUGAUUAAUUUGAAUUUUCGUUUUAUUGAGUUCCUUGAAUGGAUCUUUCGACAAUGAAGAUUGGAUAACACCGAAUUGACAACAUUGUCUUCCAGAGAUCCAAUUUCUCCCAUUUUUAAUUAUCUGUUAGUUUAGUGGAAAAUAUUGUUCAUUGUGGAAGCUAGGGAAUCUUUAUUUUGGUGUUAUAAAAUGUUUCAAAAAUAUGGGGGAUAUAUACCCCUUGAUCGAUUGAUGAUUUGUGCUGAUGUUAUUGUUGGUUGGUUUUUCUCAACCAGAGAAUUCACCGAUCAUGCAAUUGCCCAUUUAUAAAAAAAAUUCCUAUCCAAUCCUAAGCUGCCAAGGCAUCCGUAAUCCUGCGGUAGUAUUUUAUGGCAUAAGAUUAUCAUACCUCUGUUAUUGCAUGUAUUUAGAGUAAAAACGUCAAACAUGAUUUGUUCAUGGCCUUUGUUUUUGGCUAGUAUACUGACGGAGCUCGUCCUAUUCUUUCUAGAUCAACAAAAAGGUUUGGACCAGACGGCAAGCGUUUUGAGCACCUUGCUUUUUUGAACCUUGCACAAAAUGUUGUCUGUCUCAUAUGGUCUUUUAUGAGUAAGUAUUUUUUUAUUUCUCAUGAACAUUGAAUUUUAUUGUCGCGUGUCCUUCCAUUUUUUAAAUUCUGAACGCGUGAAUCUUGAUGGAGAAUUCUUGGCGUUUUUUAAUGUAAUAGUAACAUUCCACACAUUUUCUUAUUUAUCAGUGCUAAAGCUGUGGUCAAGAAGCUCGAGUGGUGGUGCUCCAUGGUGGAGUUACUGGAGUCCUAGUAUCACAAACACAAUCGGUCCAGCAAUGGGGAUUGAAGCUCUAAAAUACAUCAGUUAUCCAGCACAGGCAUGCUCAUUUUUUUUGCAUAUACUUUUUCUGAAAACUUAUCAAGUUUCAUCUUAUGAUUUUUACUUGAUUUUAGUCCGUCAUGUUUACUUGUCUGCUCUGUCAAUGUGCCUAAUGCAUUUUUAUUGAGUAGCACGCGUUCAGCUUGGACGCAUGAAAUUUUUUGUAAGACUAACUAUGAAGCCGUGAAGUGUAUUCAAAUGCCAUUGUCAAAGUAAAAUUCCUAUAACCAGGCCUUAGAUUAUAGAGGAAGUGGCUUUUAUCCUUGGAAAACCCGAAUUGUGAACUCAAAGAUCCUCAACGUGUAGGUAAGUUUCUUCUCAGCGGAAUUGAUGAAAAGACAUACUCAUCCACUAAGUGAUGAAAUUUUUUGAUAUCAAUUCUUGUAUACCACCUUGCCAAUGACUUUGGGCAGGUUCUGAAAGAAGAAUUUGCCAAACUUUCGAUCAAUGGUUUUAGUAUAAACUCCUAAACAAAUGAGUACGUUGAUAUCUGCUAUGAACAGGAACUUUAUUGUCUCCCUUGUGCCUACUUUUUCCAAUACAGGGAAGGAGAGAUAUCCAUUCACCUUAGAUUUUAUGAUGAUUUUGGCAUCUUUUCGGCACUCUGAUGUACGAAUAUGAUGUAUUGAUUCAUGUUUUUCUAUCCAAUUAGGUAGAAGCACGUAUGCACCAAUUGCAUGCACUCCAAACCAGUCCCUUCUACGACAGUCAUCUCGUUUUCCAAAGAAGCAUUCUAUUUUUCAGUUUUUAGUUGGGUAGCUUAUGUUCAAGAUCUUACGCUUCAUCCCCACCAACACUCUCGUAAUACAAUUGUUCACAUCUGGACACAAUACAUGUCCCUAUAUGACAUCUCUGGCUUACAAUAGGAAGUUUUUUCCUACCUGAACUUUGGUCGAAAGGGACAUCUGUUUCUUGACUCAGCAAAGAGUCGAGAACGAGACCUGUCUAUGACCCAUAAGAGCUGAUGACGAAGAGCCCACAUUAGAGGAAAAGAGAUGAGUGGUAAUCUACAUCCACGACGACUACACUGAGUGUGUUGUGUUGAGUCAGAGUUAGAAGGUGUACGAUGGGACACUAAAUGUAUAAGGAGGCUUGGUCAACAUGUCCCUGAGCUUAACAGACUCCACACAUUACGAUAACACAGACAAUUUUCCCUUGUGACGCUGUAUUUUCUCACAAUAACAUGUGUUCUACGUGAUGCCUCCACUCCAUGGAAAGUCGACGACCUCAUGGAAUGAUAAAGCUUAUUACAAUGAAAUAUUUUGAAGGAUUUCUUCUCUUGGAGGAUUCCUGUCCGAUUAUUCUUCCAUAUCCCUUGGAAAACCGAGAUUUUUCAAUUCAUGGUACCUCACAAAUCUGGUACUUCGCGUACUCUGCACCUCUUACAAAAUAUGUCACGUGAUUUUUCUUUCUUGUUUCCUUUUUUUUUUUUUUGAGGUAUAUGCUCUCUUAAAAAAGAAUCUCCUUUUCAUAAUGUCUCGUUAUCUCAUCGUUGAUGAUUUAUGCUAUAAAAGUUCAAAUGCCCUUGGAAAAUCACGCCUUUAAAGUUCCUUUCUUUUUCACACCCCUUUAAAAGAAAAGUAGCUCAAAAGUACCCGUUGUCGAAAAGAAAUCCAUUCAGUGGUAGGAUGCUGAUUCUUGCGUUGAACACUGUAUACGCAUACGAUUGAACUGCCCACGUGGAUGUUGUGGACUGUGGGCUGUGAAUUAUGUACAAGAAAUGCUCCUCCUAAAAAUAAUUAAUGAACGAUGCUGGUUCAUGCAUUUUGCAGUUUUUGGAUAUCCUACCACCCCGCUCUUCCCAUUUUCUGUAUUGACAAGCGUAGCUCGUACUUGUGAGCUAUUGUCUGCUUACUUGAAGUUAUAGUUACGUCUUGCAUAGCUUAAAUAUGUUCUUCAUCUGACAUCAAAUGCGGCACUCUGUGACAAACCCUUCCCACCUUUCUUGUAGGUCCUCGCAAAAUCCUCAAAAAUGAUUCCAGGUGAGCCACUUGGUUUGACAACGUGUUCUGAUAUGAACUAGCUCAUAUUUCUCCCACUCUGAUUCUUUGUUUUGAAUGAUCUCGUUAUUCCAACAGUGAUGCUCAUGGGUACUUUCCUCUACGGCAUACGCUACACUCUCCCCGAGUAUAUCUGCACCCUCCUCGUCGCAGGAGGCGUAUCAUCUUUCGCCCUCAUGAAGGUGAAGCCUCUCCAUUGUCCUCCUCGGACUCUCCAUUGAAAUGCUGAGAUGAGGCUCACCCUCUCUCAUCCUUUCUCCGGUGCAGACCAGCUCCAAGACCAUGAGCAAGCUGGCCCACCCCAACGCCCCCCUCGGCUAUGGCCUCUGCUUCCUGAACCUCGCCUUCGAUGGCUUCACCAACGCCACCCAGGACUCCAUAUCCCAGAGGUAGAUGGCGACUCUAUCUCAUCUACUGAUCUCAUCUCGGACCAGCGCCGUGAAAUCACCUCCCUAGUUGCUCCUUCCCACAGGUACCCGAAGACUACGGCGUGGGACAUUAUGCUGGGGAUGAACCUGUGGGGCACCGUCUACAACGUGGUCUUCAUGUUCGGCUGGCCAGGCGGCAGCGGGUACGCGGCGGCGCGGUUCUGCCGGGAGCACCCGGAGGCGGCGUGGGACAUCCUCGUGUACUGCCUCUGCGGGGCGGUGGGGCAGAACUUCAUCUUCCUCACCAUCAGCCGCUUUGGCUCGCUGGCUAACACCACCAUCACUACCACCCGCAAAUUUGUCAGCAUCGUCGUCUCCUCCCUCCUCAGCGGCAACCCUCUGUCAUCCAAGCAGUGGGGCAGCGUCGUCAUGGUCUUCGCCGGUCUCUCCUACCAGAUUUUCCUCAAAUGGAGGAAGCUCCGAACCAUAAGAAAGAAGCUCAAGAAGAAAGCCACCUGA